UAUAAUAUAGUUGAGGUUAUGUACCUGCCCUUGUUUACAGUAAUAGUUUUUAAUAUUUAAUAGUAAAAUAGAAAUGUAACGCACAAAUAGCGUACUUAUUUUAAUUUUAAUAUAUCUACAUUAUCUCGUCUGAGAUUUGUAAUGUAUUUUUUAUAGUUUUUGUAAAUUGAUAUAUUGGAAAUGGAAUCCACUGUAGAAAGUUUGCCUUACUGUAAGGAGUUAUGGUUUUUGAUAUCCGACACCGUAUGCCGGUGUGAGAGACAACUGGUCGAAGAUGAAAUUAAAAAAGAAACGAAACUUCUCAAGGAAGGAUUACUGUUUUUUAAGCCAUACACGGAAGCAUCGCUUCAAAAUAUACCGAAAAAUGAUCCCUCACCUAGAAUGUACGAAUUAAUUAGUAAACUUGCUCCUCUCCUUAAUUUGGAUGCUACAAUCACAUGGGAUCUAGUCUGUAAUUUUAUAAAAUACGAAUAUCGAAAUUGCGCGGAGACUUUCGCGUCACAACUUAUAGAUUUUACCUCGAUGAAAGCAUUGAUCGACGAUAUUUGGGAUUUUUAUUAUUCUGAAAGGAUGACCUUAAUAAAGUGCCUUAAGCUUAUGGUUGAAUAUAAAGAUAAAGGGCAUCGUUAUCAGAAGGAAUUUUCAAACUUUUUCAAUGACAUUUUAUUUGGAACACUCUUAGAGUCUGUCAGAAAACAAAUAGAAAUGUUAAAGACUGUGAAUCCGCCUACAAGGUCCCAAUUGUGCACAGAAGAGUAUUUGCAUAGGUUGUACAAUAGUAGUCUGAUCGAAAUGAGAGAAUUACUCCAUAUACUAACUGUCAUCAUUCAUGAUAUACAUAUUGCUCACUCAGAAUUCAUGCAGUUGUACGAAAGCAUAGGAGGAGAACCACGACGAUUAGCGAGUACAAAGAGUCACGAAGAUAAAAAAGCGAUUGCUAGAAAAAUCAAAGAAAUACAGUUCAGUCAGGCAGGUUUGCUUCUGGUAGCGUUAGACGUCAGAAAACACCCCAACAUGGAAGAGUGGGUACCGAGCGUAAGGAGUAGUAUGCAAGAGAUCUUUGAACAAAAAUGUAUUCGCGAUAAUUUCCCUCAAGAUAGUCCACUGUUUCUGUCGUGGAUGAUGGCAAAUUACGCGAUCGAUUCUGAAAACGUAGAUACCUUGAAUCGAUUUAAGCCGUUUGCCAUCAAAGCCAUACAGCUUAACGUUUUCCACUACCUGCAAGACUUAUUGAAUUGCGAAAUGAUUUGCGAGAAAACUCAUUACGCCGAGGUUGUACGUAGCAGCGUGUACAAUCUUCUCACGUUGGUAUGCGCUUUCGUAGACGAAGACAAGUUAAGCGUAUUGAACGGUAUCUUUGAUGCCGUUGCUGCUACAAUUCAAUUUCCUGAAACUGCCGCGCGAUUUUGGGAAGAGCAGGACAACGGUUUAUUUAUGAUUUACAAGUUCGCUGCUGAACAGUUCCCAUACGAUUUCGACCCAUUAACGAACAUUGCGAUUGGAUUAGCAAGCGCCUCGCAAUCGAGUGCCGAAAAAAUUGCAAUAGAGUUAGAUAAUCUGCAAUCAUUAACGUUGGAGGUACCGCGGCAACGUGAUCACAAUAAGCCGUACAGACCAUACGAACAGGAAUGUACGAUUCACAGAAAUUCCUACACAAUAUCCGAAGAUUGUUUCCAUGAAAAUGUACGUAUAUUAUCCAGCGAUCGGGAAGUGGUGAUAUUUCGUCAAAGAGCGAGCUAUUGGGAUGCUUUGCAUUAUAAGAUAGAGCAGCUGUUUUCUCAAGUAGGCGGAAGAACGACACAUACGUAUGAAAUGAGUAAAAAUUUGCCAGAGAACGUUUGCUUAGGUCUGAAAUUAUUAAAGACGCUAGCCAAAUACGUUGGAAUACGGCAGAGCAUGGUGAUACCAACUGAAUUAAGUUUUGAAAUCAUCAACAGAUUUUCGUAUCCAGUAUUACCCGAAGAAAAGAUGUACAUAUAUAAAAUAGUAGCAGCAUGCAUUGGCAUCUCGUCCGAACUCGUACUGGAGUAUCCUGAAGAAAUCUUGUCACGUAUGCGUGCUGGUGUUUAUCCAAGAUUGAAUAAUCGAUAUCAAAAAGCCUUGAACUUUGCGGAAGCGGUCUCUUUCGACGGUGGUAUAAUCGCUUCUUGGUUGUCCGCUGUCGAGACGAUCGCCCAUUCUUAUCCAAUUUUGAACGCGUACUUGGACAUCUUAUCGAAAUAUUUAAUCAGGAAAUACAACGAGGAAGCUCUGUACGCGAUUGAAAUACCUGGAAUGGUAUUUUUGUUGCAGGGUGUUUUGCCAAAAUUGGAUAGCUGGUAUUUCGAAUCGGACGCAGAGAAAACCGACUUGUGGUUGAAAAGCAUGUUCUGUGUUCACAGAGCGCUCGAAUCUAGUCUACCGAAGGAAGACAUUAGAAACGAAUUACAGCUCGUGGUAGCGUAUAGUCUACUGUAUCUGGAACCAAGGCACGCGCUGCUCAAAUUGAUUCGUACCGGUGAACGUACUUUGCACAACAAGAUGAUGGCAGAGACAGAUUGGAUCCGCGGGAAAGGAUUUAAAGCGAUCAAAAGCGUACAAUUGGCUUUGUCCGUGGUAAACAGAUUGCUCAUAUUCCGGAAGUCAUUGGGCUUGGUAAUAGGAGAUAGGUCACCGUUGGAAGCUGCCUUGUACUCUUCGCCUCGGGUACCAAACGGUCUUUUGAUAGUACCUACGAUCGUUAAUUAUCUCUACGUUUGGUUCAGUCCACCUUUACAAGCGAUGGCUGUGAGAUUGUUGAAAAAAUUUGCCGAAGGAUCAUCGAUGUCACUUCUCGUUUGCAUGGGCAUGGAUGGUACAGCUAUACGAGAGACGUUCGCUUCUCGCAGAGGACUCAUGUCGCCGACUUGCGACGCUGAGGUGAAGGUAGCUAUUCUCGAGCUGGUCGCCGUGUGUUUAGAAAAGCAACCUGGACUAACAGAAGCUCUCUUCAACAUCGUGCAUCCGGCGGAAUGCAAACGAAUCUUUCCUCGAUCGGUGGAAGAAUUUUUUACAGAAGGGUGCAGGCAGUUUCUGGUCAAGUAUCUGCAGCGAAUUUAUGAGAAGGAAAAUAUCGUCUGCGACAAAUUGUACAAUAGUACAAUGGCGUUGUUACGAGCGAUGUGGUAUCACAGAAACGAGAUUCUCGUGAAUUUCUUUCGAAAACGAGAAAACUUUUGGACUCACCUUUUCGCGCCUCUUUUCAGAGACUUGGUACCAGGCGCGAAAGGCUAUUCCCAUCUGCUGGACAUAAUCACUUUAGAGCUGUUCAAGAGUACCACGUUGGAAGAGGAUUUCUCAAAUAAUCUGAAGAAACUGUUGGACAAAUCAAAAGAUUACUGGAAAAAAUUGGCGAUUUACAUACUCGACGAUGCGCACACAGAUACGGAAGAAUUAAACAGCUACGAGAAACAAGACACGACUCACGUAGAUUCGCUGUACGAAACUAAUUUGGAAUCCUGGUACAAUUUCAUCGUCACGCUAACGGAUGAGAGAAUAGCUUCGAGUUACCCGAUCAACGUGACCCAAGCACAGUUAAUAACCCAACGUUCCUUAGAAUCAUUGUUAGAACGAAUCAAACAGUCUCAAGACGUCUCCAGUCGAAAAGUCACAAUGUUGUUAGCUUCGUUGUCCCUACGAUGCAUCACUUCCUGGAAACAAAUGUGCGUGGACGACUCGAGAAUCUUUAAAACGGGUCUAACGCAGCUGAUGCAGGAAAUCGGGCAAGCUUAUCGCAGUUACGGUAAAUCAUUGCGUCAAACACUGAUCUCUUUGCUCCUCGGUUGCGUGCAGUGCGUGAAAAGCACCCUGCGCGAAGACGCGACCAGCCUCGAGUAUCUUUUGGCACACGCUUGUACGAUCGCUGCCAGCGAACUGGAGGAACUGAAAGAGGCCGCAACCUUGUUAGAGAAACGAAUACACGAAAAGGUGGAGCGAAGAACGGACGAUAAAGGAACGGUGAGCAGCGUGAAGGUACAGAAGAACGUCGACGAAAGAAACGCGGAAACUAUUCGCGGCAUUCGGGAAAGUUUACCAGCUACCCUGGCUGUUUGCAUGGUCACGCAACUGUUGCGCUCCUAUGUCGAAAGAAACGCGCUUUCCAAGUAUCGGCGAAAGUCCAGCUGCGUGCAACUUCGACAAAUGAUACCGGAACUGAUGGCCUGCAUCGGUAUCACUUUGCAAAAGUAUCCGUACUUGAGGUUCAGCAGCGCGGCGCUCGACCUGCUUAACUUAAUCGUACGUUCUCCCUAUACUUUGCAUCCAAUCAACGAAAACGACAUUGCUAAAUUGUGGUUGAGUUUAAUUCCACCUGGCGAGCUUGAGAACAGCAUGUUAGACUCGUUGUACGACGAUUGUCCGAACGGCAAAUGGCGAUGCCAAGAUUGGUGGCCACUUUACACGCUCGGCCUCGAGUUCCUAAUAGGUCUGGUCACCAGAGACAUGCCGUCGGUUUACAUUAAAUCGAUCGUGAUGUUCCUGAACUCUCACGAGCAACAGCUGAUGGUUGCGUCGACCCUGUUGAGGCACACCGCGGACCUCUUAGCAGCCGACCUAGUUCAGUCUCUCGUCGCUCUCAUCCACAUAAUGGCGACCCAACCGUACGUUUGGAACGCGAUACAGACAAACGUUUGCGAAACUCUGAUCAAAUGCAUGUACCUGGCGUACGACAACACCGUGAACCUGUUGCUGAGACCGCGGAUCCUCAAGUUCAUCAUCGACGGGAUCAGCGUGGAGAGCGCGGAAGAGUUGGAGUCUUGCGAUAAACGAUCCCCGAGCGGGGAAUUGAAGUUACUGGUCAACAAACUGAUCGUGAUAAACACCACCUGCGCCCUGAGUUUCGUCCACUUCUCUCCUCGAUUGAACACCCUCGUGGACACUAUAUAUACCCAAGACUUUUGGUACACUCCCAUGGCGGAGAUGUACUUCGGACCACCUCAGAUGAGCAUGAGUUCCGGCCCGCGGUUAACCUACGGCACUAUAAUCAGUUCAACGCAGCUGUUCACUCAGGCUCUUCAUUCCAGAUCGCAGUCUGUAAGCUCGUCUUCCGUUUCCUUCAUGGGGCAGCCGGAUAAAACGGAUUCCGCUAAGAAAGAGUGGGAACACGCGACCCCGGAGGAUCGACGAAUGCAUACGAGCAAAGAUCUAAGAAGGAUCAUUCACGCGGCCUCUGGUUCCAACUCCAGGUCGUCCGCCAGCGUUGGAGGAGAAUUUUUAGUGUACGUUAGCGGAAUGGACGUAACCGUGCCGUUGCUAAGCAGUCCAAGACUGGUACGCAGACCUUACGAUCCUCUUAUCUGCGAAAAUACUAUUCUAUCGCGUGCAACAGCCUUGGCCAGUGGUAGACACGUGGCAAAAGGAAGCAGCGGAAUGGUCGCAGGGAGCAGCGACAGUCCUAUCAUGACCAAGUAUCAAAAAUUCAGCGAUCCUUGGUUCGAAUCUAUGGACGAGAAUAAUACUAGACUGGCUCUUGAAAUUAAUCUCGUGUUGAUAUUGUGUCAGGCUUUAGAAGGUGUCAGGAGCCCAAGAAUCGCUCUCAGAGAUCGGCAAUUGAUCGCGCGCGAAACGGUCACGGAAUUAGGAGUUUUCUUCGAUUUUCUCGAACAUCGAGGUACUCCUGAUGACUGGCAAGUUAAAGGGUCUUUGAUCAACGCAGACUCUAGAAAUGUGAGAACUAUUCAGUGCGUUGAUACCAACCAAGCUAUUUUACCCGCGAGAUUGAUAGAAACAGCGAGAAAAGAUUUGGAAGAGAAUAUUCUUACCACCGGGAUGUUUACAACUAACAUUAGUAGCAUACAAUUUUUGCCUUUGAUGGGGAAAUUACUUAAAGCUGUAAUGGAAUCCUUGGAUUUAACACAGUUUCGGUAACGACAAACGUAUUCGCGAUCGCGUACGCUUUAAAUUAAUUAAAAGAAAAAACAAAAUAGUUUGAUAACUUUCAAAGGAAAAAAAAAGGUUUAUAAUUAUUUUAUGUUUAUGAUAUAAGUCAAUAAAGUAACAAUUUUUGUA